CUAAACUCACUUACCACCACAAUGGAAGACGUCUCCAUAUCGCUGGCGUGUGAGAUCCGCCAGCUAGAUGAAGUCAACAGCAUCGCCUCCAUCUAUGGCGAUAUCUUUACCAAUAUCACGCCGUCUGGGUUGGUGUGGAACAAGAAACCAUGCCCCCAUUUCCAGAUCUCGCUAGAGUCUUGCAACAACAAGGACCGUCCUACGUUGUCAUUGACGCUCGAUAUCGAGUUCACCCAGACGUACCCCCUCACGCCUCCCAUAGUCAAGCUCUUGCACCCGAAGAACUUGUUGAAGGUCCGCAUCGGAGCCCUCGAGUCCCGGAUCAAGGAAUUGAUCAAAGAAUACCCUGAGGAAGAGGUGUCGUUCACCAUCAUCUCCGAGGUCAAGUACUUGCUCGACGAGUUCCAGCAGGUCACCGAGAAGGUGCUCUCACUCGAGGAAGAGCGGGAAGAGCGCUUGAAGAAGCAACGAGCUGAGCUUGAGAAGAACGAGGCCAAAAAGCAAUUGGAGCUCGAGGUGGCCCAGAAGAAACAGAAUGAGGACCUCAAUCGCCAGAUCCUCAAGAUCCAGGGCGAGUACGACAAUGAAGCCUCCUCCAACCACGACAAUAGUGUGUCAUUGAUCGUGGAUGAUGAGCUCAUACCCACGGACCCCACCCAUUACUUCGUGUUCGAAAACUCGAUUGUGGGAGACUUGCCGGGCUCACGGGUGGCCUUCAAGUUCAAGGCGGUGCUGGGAUUCAUCAAGUACAACAAGAACGACCUCCUCUCGUCAAUUGGAACUCAAAACAUCGUCAAACCAUACCUACCAAAAGAAGUACAAUCCAAAAUUGAUAAACAAGGGAUAGAAUUGUCCUAUCUUCUCACUGAAAUCGACUUCGACAAUGCAUACUACAAUACCGAUCAAGGCAAACGAGAAAUUCAGGAUCUAGAGACAGAGUUGCAAUUAAUUCUCAACGUCAAUCACGACAACAUUUCAAAGCUAUACGGGUUCCAAAUAGACAAAAAACCCACCAACGGAUGGAAGGUGCGAUUGUUGACUGAGUUUAGUUCUGCGAGCGACUCACUUCAGGAUAUCUUGCCCACUGCUGAAUUUAUUAAUUGGGCCCUUGCCAGAACUUGGGUUAUCCAACUACUUCCAGCUCUAGAGUAUUUGCAUAAUGCUGGCUUCGUGCACAAGACUUUGUGUCCGUUGACAGUUUUCGUUCACGAAAUGGAAAUAGAUGCAUACGAGUCUGCCAGCGAUGAUGACAACGAGAUUUUGGACCACUUGAUGUCUACCAAAAUCCACAAAAUCAGUCAUCCAAGCUAUGGAUUCAGAUUAUUAAACAUGAUUCAUACCCAUCCUAAUCCAAAAUCCACUGAGACUCUCCGUCCCCGCAAGGGAUCUAAUAACGAAGGUCUGAUCAAAGGAUCGUAUACAUUUAUCCCCAAAGAUUGGAUAGCACCUGAGUUAGCGACUGGCUCACACCAUCAGAAAACGGAUAUAUGGGAUCUCGGAGUACUACUCAUGAGGGUUAUGUUGAACUAUAAUGUUCUCCUAACGACAUUCAAAACUCCUCAGUCCUUUCAUGCUGACUUCAAGGUGGAAGACUUUUCUGGAGUGGAACUGUACGCCGCUUUAGUGUAUGAUUUUUUGUCCAAAUUACUCCAACAGAAAAUUGCCAAGAGACCAAGUCCAUUGGAGUUGAAUGCUGUGAAGUUCUUGAGAGACGGUCCCAUAAUCAUGAAUAACCAAAACCUGAGUGUUUUUGCCAAGUACACUCAUCCAGUCGUCAUUGCUUCCGAAGUAGAAUCAAAGCCAAUUGAUACCAAAGGAGUGAAAAUUAAUAGAACUGUUGGUAGGAAUGAAGUAAACACCCUUGUGGAUAAUUUUCGAAGACAAACUUUGGCAUCGGUUCAAAGUACAGGCAAGAGAAGAUACUCAAACAACCAGCGACCAUACUUCGGAGAUACUCAACAAACUGGAAGUCUGAGGAAUGCUGCAAGGUUUCAGAGAGAUUUUGAGGAAGUUGGCAAAUUGGGUAAAGGAGGCUUUGGAGAAGUUGUAAAAGCAAGAAAUAGAAUUGAAGGAACUUUUUAUGCUAUCAAAAAAAUCAAGCACAGAGCAGAUAAGUUGGACUCUUUGCUAAGCGAAGUUCUCUCGCUUGCAAGACUUAAUCAUCAAUUUAUUGUUAGAUAUUAUGGAACUUGGGUGGAAGAACUAGAAGACUCUAGUGCUGCAAUUGAGUCUGAUGAUCUGGAAAGUGAAAGUGAAAGUGAAUUUGAUCCAAUAAAUGCUAGAUCAUCCUCAUUCCUACGCAGUCAUGAUAGCUCGUUUCAAGUCGAUUAUAUCACCAAUUCCUUUGACCCUCAAAUCGAUUUUGGUUCAUUAUCUGAUGACAACCUAUCCAGCGAUGGCUUCGAAUUUGCUAACUCAGAUGAUCUGGGGACUAUCGAAGAUGAUUCUGAGGAAGAAACUAGCAAUAGUACGAGUAAAGAAGAUGGAAGUAAAGGGGCUUUGAAGGACAAAGCUCUCAAGUUGAAGGAGCACAAUCCAAAAUCUAUUCUUUAUAUUCAAAUGGAAUUCUGUGAAAAUAACACCCUUCUUAAUCUCAUUGAGCAGGGAUUGCCUGGCAAUUCGAACGAAUACUGGAGAUUGUUUCGCCAAAUUCUAGAGGCAGUAUCCUAUAUUCAUGGCGAAGGCUUUAUUCAUCGAGACUUGAAACCUAUGAACAUUUUCAUAGAUAAGUCAAAUAAUGUGAAGGUAGGUGAUUUUGGACUUGCCAAAAACUCCCAAUUUGCCUCGGUUGUCCUGACCAACAAUCAAGUAAAUUCGACAAACAAGGACUACUCUACAAUUGUUGGUACUCUUUUCUAUACUGCAAAGGAAGUAGCAACUGGUGAUUAUGAUGAAAAGGUCGAUAUGUACUCUCUUGGAAUUAUUCUUUUUGAAAUGUGUUACUCAUUAAGUACAGGAAUGGAAAGGGCUAUGAUCUUAAAUAAUCUCAGGUUACAAUCUGUUGACUUCCCGUCAAAUUUUACAGAAUCCAAGUAUCACACUGAGAAAAAAAUUGUCCGUUUGUUGCUUGAUCAUGACCCCAAAACUAGGCCUGGGGCUUCUCAGCUUCUUCAAAGUGGUUGGCUACCCGUUGAGCAUCAGGACCAAGUGAUAAAAGAAGCCUUAAAAUCGUUGGCAGACCCUGCCUCACCGUGGCAACAGCAAGUGCGUCAAACACUUUUCAAUCAGCCUUAUCUGUUAGCUAAGGAUCUCAUGUUUGAUAACUAUAGUAAGAAUUCCCACAUACACCAUUUGGAACAUUCAACCAGUGACUACUUGAUUUUCAGUAAAAUGAUUCAAGAACUAUUCACAAUAUUCCAUAAUCAUGGAGCCAUCGAAGACUACGCUUCUAAUAUCUUGGCCCCUAAGACGCCAGCCCAAUCCUCAGAACUGGUCUAUGAAUUGCUUGAUAAAUCCGGGUCUGUAUUAAGCUUGCCAUAUGACUUGAUCUUACCAACGGCUAGAUUUUUGAGUAGAAAUAACGUCACUAUUCCCAAGCUCUAUCGUCACGAGUUUGUUUACAGGCCAAACUUGAGAGGCUCUGGAAUUCCAGAUAAAUACAGUACAGUCAGCCUCGAUAUUGUUACAUCGGACCCAUCCACUAAAGCUUCCAACGAUGCUGAGUGCUUGAAGAUCAUUGAUGAAAUCCUUCAUUCUUUUCCUUGUUUCAAAACGAAAAAUUCACAAGCUCUAAUUAUUAUCAACCACUAUGAUAUCCUCGAUGCGAUAAUUUCAUAUUCGUUUGGAAAUAUAGGGAUCGAUGAAAAGAAGAGACAUGAAGUGAUAGGAAUCUUGUCACAACUUGGAAUCGACAAAUCGACUGAUGAGGUGAAGCGGAUCUUAAGGGAAGAUAUUCAAAUCCCACAUACUGUGACGAAGGACUUGAUUGAUGGUUACAACUUCACCUCGGAGCCGGAAAAGGUAAGGCAAAAGAUUCAAAAAUUAAUGAUCGACUCUCCACAUCUUAUAAAGGUGGAAAAAUCUUUUGCGCAGAUUAUGGAGAUUCUUUUAAUCCUUAAGAAACUAGGUGUCAGAUCACCUAUCUAUAUGAACCCAUUGAGCAAUUACAAUUCCAAAUAUUAUGGCCAUGGAAUUAUGUUUCAAGCAGUGUUCAAGGUUGACAAAAAUAGACGGUUCUCAAGGAUUGCCACUGGUGGAAGGUAUGAUAAUUUGAUUUCUGCAUUCACUAAUAAAGAUAUAGCAAAGCUUAAUACUCCUUACUCGGUUGGAUUUUCCUUAUCUUCAACAUUCAUCUUCUUAUUGAUGAAGAAUUUACUUUCCAGAAAAGUCAAGGGUGACAUCAAAGUCACGGAUUUGCAGAAGUGGAGAGGCAACCGUUGCGAUGUUUUGAUUAGUAGUCUUAAUGAAAGUUUCUUCAGUCAGUUUGGCUAUGAAAUUCUUCGUCAUUUAUGGUCAAAUGGUAUUAGCUGUGAUCUAUUCAAAUCAAACUCGCAGGAUGAUAUGUUUCAGAAAGCCCAUAUUGAUGGAGCCAAUUGGGUGGUAAUUAUCAAGCAGUCAAUUUCGCUCGUGGGCAGCAAGAAGAAAAAGGUCAAACUGAAUAGAAACUUCAAGCCCAUAAAAGUCAGAAACAUUUGCACUGGAAAAGAUAUUGAUCUUGAGUACGAAGAGUUGGUGAAGCAUCUUAAAGAAGAAAUUGAAGAAAGAAAUGGUGAACAAAGCGAAGCACCAAAUGGACAAGAUGACAGUACCAAUCUGAACACAAAUGAUGACUUACAUAAUGAAGGUAAAAGCUCAUCUAACCUCCAAGACUUGAAUCCACUAUACUCCAUUGACAUUAAUCAGAAAGUAAUUGUCGUUCCAAAUGAUGCCCCUCGUGGUAGAAAAAAUAAUAAAAAGGAGAAGUGGGAACUUGAGAAUGAUUCUAAGGUUGCAUCUGCAGAAUUGAUGAGGAAUCUUUCCAGUUGUACUGUUCUCACGGUGGACGCUAGAGAUGAAGUUUUAGACAUGAUUGCUAUAACCUCUAUCAGUCAGCCAGACGAAUGGUUAAGAAAAGUCAUUUUCAGUGCAAACAACAUACCUAAGAGUUAUGCAAUGAAUAUUUAUAACACUCUUACAAAAGAAGCUUCCAAGGGUCAGAAAUGGGUAGUUUUGCACUCUCCUAAAACUCAGAAGACCACUAUGGUGGAUCUUCAGCGAUAGACAAAAUUAGGGUGGCUCUAAUUUUUCGCAACCAAUAUCAACAGAGCAAACAGAGCAAACAAUGCUCUAAGAAGUAGAAAAUGUCAAUUGACAUUGAUGAUUAACGACUCAAAAAAAAUAUCUAAAACACUCAAUUAAUAUUUAUGAC